AUGGCUGAUAUUGAAUUGAAGACCCCCGGUUUUGACCCAAGAUUCCCAAACCAAAAUCAAACAAAACAUUGCUGGCAAUCAUAUGUCGAUUACCACAAGUGUAUUAAUGCUAAAGGUGAAGAUUUUGCUCCAUGUAAGGUUUUCUGGAGAACUUACAGUUCUCUAUGUCCUGUUGAUUGGGUUGAAAAAUGGGAUACCCAAAGAGAAGAAGGUAUUUUUGCCGGUGACAUUAACCCAUAA